CUUCCGGCGGGAAGUGAUUUGUUUGAAAGUUGUCUUUUCCCUCUGGUUAGCUUAGAGACAUGUCCACGUCUGGGUCCAGCUGCUACCUUUAGACUGACUGUGGGGAAACCAUGAGUGGAAAAACGCGAGACAAAGUGGUGACAUCGGGAAGACUAACAGGAAAAGUUAAAGUGAGCCGAGCGCCUCCUGAUAGAGGACCUCCACCCCAACCUCAGCCCAACUACUCUCUCUACUCCACAGACUCAGAGGACCAGGUCACCACACUGCAUAGGGGCCUGGACAAAUGUGCUGCCUUGCUCAGUGGCAUUCUUAUGGCAGACGAAGCAGCAUCAGCAGGUCUUCAGAGAACCCCAAAGAAAGUAAUGAGCAAACCAAGAUCCUCCAGUUUCCAAAGAAAAAAGCCUGGAAAGAAAUUCCCAGCGAAGGCAGAUGCUCAGAGUUCAGAACGGCGCCAACCAGCAGCCGCCCAUAGCUUCACCCCUCCGGCUCCACACUCCGGAGUGAAGCUUCAUCCUCCUCAGAAACCAACCCUGCCUGUUCAGUCUCUGUCUGCGGGUUGUCAAACGUCUGCGCACCAGUCUGCCUCCUUACCUCCUUUACAGCGGUCAGGCGCAGUGCUGAGGGAUCAGAACCAUUCCCGCUCUGCAUCUGCAGUGUGUGAUGGGAAGGACAAGUGUGUUCCUGUGGGAGACGCUGAUGGUGCAGCCGGCUGCAUCCUGAGGGAGAGCUGCUGCAGGGAGGAGAUGCUCCGCUCUCUGCUGGAAGAAGUCCGGGUUCUGAUCGCUGGACAAGGUGCUGGACAAGAACCAAGCCUCCAACAGGAAGUCAUCUCUGCCCAGUCCAGUCUUCAGCAACUCCAGGACGACCUCACGGAGCUACGGAAAGCUCUUCAGGACACACAGAGCCGGCUGAGGGACACCGAGGCAGAGAAGGCCCUCAUAAAGACAGAGUUGGAGGUGGCUAGAAACCUGCUGCUGGAGAGCGAACGAGAGAAGAUUGAGCUAGCAUCAGUCGCUCAGCUAAGACUGAAGGAAAUCAAACUUCUUAGAAGGCUCCUUCAGAGUCACUAUUCAUCAAAACCUAUGGAUGUCCAGAACUCAUUGUGCCUCACCAAGCAGUAUUUUGGCCAACAAAAUCAAGUAGUGGCAUCCACUGAUCGCAUCAAGGAAUACCUGAUCUCCCUUAACCAGGGGGAGCCCCCACACACCGAGAGUCUGCAUGUUGCUGCAGAACGAGAAGAAAACUCAAAAGGCGACGGAACAAAUCAAAGAGAGCAAUGUAUUGAGACAUUACCUCGUCACCAGGAUCAUCAUCAUCACCCCAACCUAUCUGUCUCUGAGGAUGUCCCGCCGUGUGAGGUGGAGUCUGUGUGGUCCAACUGGAGCAUGAAAUCGGAGUCGACCUUUAACACCAGAGAUGAGGCGGCGUUCAGAGAUGGCCUGGCAGCUCUGGACGCCAGCAUAGCCAAUCUGCAGAAAACCAUUCAGCUGGAUCUGAAGAAGUGACCAGAUGGCCUCCAUGUCUCUACUGCUCAGUGUUUGACCUUUUUAAUAUAUGUAAGGAUUCAAAUAAAGUAUCUUUCCUCUUUUUUAUUCUUAAAA